GAAGCACAGAUUCCUGGCAUUCUCUGACAGAACGAGAUGGGAGAUGGGGGCAGGGUAGAGGGUACAAGCCCCACCUAGGGCAGUGGCCACAGCGGGAAGAGGGGCAGACAGAACCUGGAGCCUGGGAAGGAAGCACCAUGCCAGCGGGAACAGCAGCUGGAGCCUGGGUGCUGGUUCUUGCUCUAUGGGGUGAGACACUCCCAAGCCCCAACUUUCCCCCUCAGCAGCCCUGCUCCCAUCCCACCCCCAGGACCUCCCUAGCCCCUAGAAAUCCCCUUGAACCUGGGCACCACUUUCCAAAGACCCUCACCCACCCUGUCCUACACACACACACCCCAGCCCCACCUCUCCCCUUCCACCCUCCCACAAUGAUGCUACCACCCAGGAGCCGUAGCUGGUGGUCAGAACAUCACAGCCCGGAUUGGAGAGCCACUUGUGCUAAGCUGUAAGGGGGCCCCUAAGAAGCCGCCCCAGCAACUAGAAUGGAAACUGCCACUGGCAUCGUUGAUGAGGGGACUUUCCGGUGUCGGGCAACUAACAGGCGAGGGAAGGAGGUCAAGUCCAACUACCGAGUCCGAGUCUACCAGAUUCCUGGGAAGCCAGAAAUUGUGGAUCCUGCCUCUGAACUCACAGCCAGUGUCCCUAAUAAGGUGGGGACAUGUGUGUCUGAGGGAAGCUACCCUGCAGGGACCCUUAGCUGGCACUUAGACGGGAAACUUCUGGUUCCCGAUGGCAAAGAAACACUCGUGAAGGAAGAGACCAGGAGACACCCCGAGACGGGACUCUUUACACUGCGGUCAGAGCUGACAGUGAUCCCCACCCAAGGAGGAACCACCCAUCCUACCUUCUCCUGCAGUUUCAACCUGGGCCUUCCCCGGCGCAGACCCCUGAACACAGCCCCCAUCCAACUCCAAAUCAGGGAGCCUGGGCCUCCAGAGGGCAUUCAGCUGUUGGUUGAGCCUGAAGGUGGAAUAGUCGCUCCUGGUGGGACUGUGACCCUGACCUGUGCCAUCUCUGCCCAGCCCCCUCCUCAGGUCCACUGGAUAAAGGAUGGUGCACCCUUGCCCCUGGCCCCCAGCCCUGUGCUGCUCCUCCCUGAGGUGGGGCAUGCGGAUGAGGGCACCUACAGCUGCGUGGCCACCCACCCUAGCCACGGACCUCAGGAAAGCCCUCCUGUCAGCAUCAGGGUCACAGGCUCUGUGGGUGAGUCUGGGCUGGGUACGCUAGCCCUGGCCUUGGGGAUCCUGGGAGGCCUGGGAGUAGUAGCCCUGCUCGUCGGGGCUAUCCUGUGGCGAAAACGACAACCCAGGCGUGAGGAGAGGAAGGCCCCAGAAAGCCAGGAGGAUGAGGAGGAACGUGCAGAGCUGAAUCAGUCAGAGGAAGCGGAGACGCCAGAGAAUGGUGCCGGGGGACCGUAAGAGCACCCAGGUCGACCCUGUGUGAUUGAUGGCCCUAGACCAGCUUCCCCACAUACGAUCCCAAUUCCACCUUGAGGCACUUCCUUCUCCAACCAGAGCCCACAUGAUCCAUGCUGAGUAAACACCUGACACGAUGUG